AUGAGACAAGCUAUUGAGCCUUCUGCCUCCAAGGCUAAGAGCAAAUUGCAAGAGCCCAUCGCAAUCGUGGGUUCUGCUUGCCGCUUCCCCGGGGGUGCAAGCAACCCAUCUAAGCAAUGGGACCUGUUGCGACAACCGCGAGAUGUCCUGCGCAAGAUACCCGUAGAUCGCUUCAGCCCUGAAGCCUUUUACCACCCCGACGGCACCCAUCAUGGAACCAGCAAUGUUACCGAGUCUUAUCUUCUUGAAGAAGAUCCUCGGGUCUUUGACGCGGGCUUCUUUAGUAUCAAACCAGUCGAAGCACAUGCGACCGACCCGCAGCAUCGCAUUCUGCUAGAAACCGUUUAUGAGGCUCUUGAGUCGGCCGGAUUCCCGAUGGAGGGAGUGGCUGGGUCUCAGACUGCGGUUUACGUUGGUCAAAUGUGGUGCGACUACAACGACCAUCUUCAACGGGACAUGGACAGUCUGCCGACAUAUGCGGGUGUUGGGACUGCCCGAAGUAUUUUGUCAAACCGCAUAUCACAUUUCUUUGGCUGGCAUGGUCCUUCGGCAACGAUUGACACAGCUUGUUCGUCUAGCUUAGUCGCCGUCUAUAAUGCGGUGAUGACACUUCGAAACGGCGACUCCCCGAUGGCAAUUGUCGCCGGUGCUAACAUCAUUUUGACUCCCGAGCCAUACAUCGGCGAAAGCAAGUUGAAAAUGCUUUCUCACGACAGUCGAUCGCGUAUGUGGGACGAGGAUGCUAAGGGAUACGCCCGCGGUGACGGUGUAGCGGCGCUCAUUCUGAAGCCCCUAUCUGCCGCCCUCGCUGAUGGCGAUCAUAUUGAGAGCGUGAUCAGGGAAUGUCUAGUCAAUCAAGACGGAAGGACCGCUGAAGGCAUUACUGUUCCAAGCUCGGAAGCACAGGCCGAGUUGAUUCAGCGAACCUACUCGAAAGCAGGUCUGGAUGCCCUUAACCCUAAUGAUCGCUGCCAAUACUUUGAGGCACACGGUACAGGCACCGGUGCUGGAGACCCUAGAGAAGCCAGAGCUAUUGCCACUGCGUUCUUCUGUGAGAGUCACCGCAGCGACAACAUUGCAGACAAGUUAUACGUCGGCUCCAUCAAGACUGUUAUUGGACACACCGAAGGCACAUCAGGCAUAGCCGGCAUCAUGAAAGCUUCGCUUGCUGUGCAACACGGUGAAAUUCCGCCAAAUCUCCUGUUCAAUAAACUCAGCCCCGCAGUCGCUCCGUUCUACAAUAAUCUCAAGAUCCCCGUAACGCCUCAAAGAUGGCCAUCUCUUCCACCGGGUGUCCCUCGUCGAGCAAGUAUCAACAGCUUUGGCUUUGGAGGCACUAACGCCCAUGUCAUCCUUGAGAGUUUCGACCAGAGCUUACAACACCCAUUGGAGUUGGAGGAGAACGAAAACUCUCGGCAUCAUCUGCUCUCGCCUUUCGUGUUUUCCGCCUCGUCGGAGAAGUCAUUGAAAAAUCUGAUUCAGCAUUACGUUUCAUAUAUCGAAGAGAAUCCGACGACAAACCUUUCAGACCAUCUCGAGGACUUGCUGGACAGAUUGAAUGAGUGGCUCAAAAAGACGAGGUCAAGUCCUGAUGUAUCUCACAGUACUCGCUUCUCGGGCAGCUCAGGCCAAGCUCGUGUAUUGGGAGUUUUCACAGGCCAAGGCGCGCAAUGGGCCACCAUGGGAAAACAGUUGAUCACAAAUUUCCCGCAGGUUCGGUCUAUUCUCACUGAUAUGGACCGCUCUUUGGGGGCCCUACCGCAUGAUCAUCGCCCGCAGUGGUCAAUGGUGGACGAGCUUCUGGCUGAUGCCACACGCUCAAGAGUUCAUCUGGCCGCCUUCUCUCAGCCGCUGUGCACUGCUGUGCAAGUCGUAUUGGUCGACCUUUUACGAGCGUCGGGCGUUGAAUUCAGUGCUGUCGUCGGCCACUCGUCUGGAGAAAUAGCCGCGGCUUACGCUGCCGGCUUCAUCACCGCCAGCAGUGCCAUCAGAAUCGCCUACUACCGCGAAAGGGUCACUGCACUCGCCGGCCAGAAUAAGUCUCAAAAGGGUGCGAUGAUGGCCAUUGGCACAUCUCUGGAGGACGCGGAAGAACUCUGCGUCGUUGAUACCCUAGAAGGACGCAUUUCGAUUGCAGCAGUCAACUCCCCUUCAAGCAUUACACUCUCUGGAGAUGCCGAUGCAAUCGAGGAGGCCCGUCUCAUCCUUGAAGACGAGGGGAAGUUUGCAAGAAUCCUCAAGGUCGACAAGGCAUAUCAUUCAGAGCACAUGCUUCCUUGUGUAGACUCAUACCUUCGCGCGAUGACGGAAUGUGACGUGAGCCCUCGGCGGAACACGGAUCAGACUUGCGUUUGGUUCUCCAGUGUUCAUGCUGGUACCCGAAUGCAACUAUCAGAUCCGGACCUGACUGGGAAAUACUGGUGCGACAACAUGGCCAAGCCAGUUCUUUUUUCGAACGCUGUAAUGAGUGCGUGGGAGCAACACGGCCCCUUCGACGCAGUUGUCGAAGUCGGUGCUCAUCCGGCCCUCAAGGGCCCUUUCUUGCAGACCCUUCAAGAGCUGAACCCGAAGGCAUCCAGCCUGCCCUACACAGGUCUGCUGUCAAGGAAUCAAAAUGACGUUUCAUCAUUCACUCAAGGCGUCGGGGCUCUGUGGCAAAACCUUGGCCACGGAUCUCUGGACUUUGCUGCUCUCGAUCGACGGAUUGUGCCGAACAAAUCGUCCCCUCGACUUUUGAAGACCCUUCCUUCCUAUACGUGGGAUCAUGACCGCAUCUACUGGCAUGAGUCUCGACUGAGCAAGGCGUAUCGGACGCGAAAGUCUCAUCCUCAUGCCCUACUUGGCACGCUUACAUCUAAUGGACUGGAGACGGAGAUGCGAUGGCGCAAUCUUUUGAGAGUCUCUGAGAUACCGUGGGUCAAAGGCCACACUCUUCAGGGUCAAGUCGUCUUCCCAGCUGCUGGUUACAUUGUCACCGCCAUGGAGGCUGUGAUGGCGGCAGCAGGCGAUCGCAGCCCUCGUCUUGUUGCCGUCAACAAUGUUGUUAUCAGUAGAGCCCUGACUCUUGAGGACGACGUCGACGUAGAGACUUUGGUGUCCCUUUCGAAAAUUCGCAACGAGACUCCUGAUGUCAUGAGUGCCGAGUUUCAGUAUCACGCAUUGCUUCGCCGAGACGCUCCCAAUCUGACAUUGCUCGCGACAGCUUCAGUCGAGCUAACGCUGGAACCUGCCGAGGACUCUGACUCAGGUGCCAUGGAGCGUCUUCCCUUGCGAUCUGGUGGAGAUCAGCCAAACCUACUCGAAGUCGUUACUGAUGACUUUUACGACUUCCUGGAGGAAGUCGGCUAUGGCUAUACUGGUCCGUUUCGCGCUCUCAAGUCGAUGCAGCGCAAGCUUGAUUACGGAACAGGAAGACUCCAAAUUCCCAAUGAGGACUGGAACGGGUCGCCAGUACUGAUACAUCCGGCCUUCCCUGAUGCAUCAUUCCAGGCGAUCUUCCUUGCCAUGGGUUGGCCUCGAGAUGCCGGACUUGUUGAGGUCUUCGUUCCAACCGAGUUCCAGAGCAUCAAAGUGGAUGUGGCCAACUGGUAG